AUGUGGGUGGGACCGACAUGUCAGAUUGUGAAGACUAAAUCCUGGUCGUAUAAUGUUCAUGAACUUUGUUACCGAAGAAUUUUGUUAAACGUGACAAGAAGUAAUCUCAAGUAUAAUAUCAAAUUGCCAGAUUCUUCAAAUCUCUCCAGUAAAAUCCCACAAGAUGAACAUGACCAGGAUGGACCAAGGAAGAAACAUUCAUGUUGGGGAGCUUUGGCUAGCGCUUCAGCCGUUGCCAUUCUGAGUAAAACUAAAAUUGAUACUUCAGAAAAAUCAGAACAACCACCGGAGCUUGAAGAGGUUAAAGUUGAUGAAGGAAGCAGCGCAGCGGUUCCACCAAGCACAACAUUACCUACGACGACACAAACAGGUGUUAUUCAUGUAUCAGGAAGUAGUAGAACAUGGGAAAUUCUGAAAAGCAUUGAAUAUGGUGGUCUGGUUGAAUAUAUAGCAAGCCUGAGCAUUGUGACAUCUUCAGCAAGUUCAGAUGCUACCACAUUGAACAUUCUAGUUCUGUCUCUCGCAAACCUGAUUGGUGGACUUCUCAUCCACGUUCAUAAUAUCUGGGACCUGAAAUCUGAGCAACCAAAAACCAACAAUGAAGAAAACGCAAGUGUGGAUCGAUAUUACGAGGUCCUGGGGAAGAGAGAGAAUUUCUUUCUUCAUGCGUGCAUAACCAUAUCAUCAUUCAUCAUUUUUGGGCUAGUGCCACCACUGGUAUAUGCCUUCACAUUCUAUGAGAGCAACAAUAAGGAUUUGAAGCUAGCAGCAGUUGCAGGAGCUUCUGCAAUAUGCAUCACUCUUCUUUCCAUUGCAAAAGCAUACAUCCAGAGGCCAAGACAAGUAUCUCACAUAUCUCAAAACGGUGCUUUACUAUCUAUGCACUGGGGCAACGGCUUCAAUAUUUUCUUACUUAGCUGGUGAAGUAGUUCAGAAACUCAUUGAAAAGCUUGGAUGGUUUGAUAUAGAAAGCUCAAGUUUUGCCCAGCUCCAUUCUGAGAUGAGUAUAGGGAGACCCAGAUUUGGAUCCUACAAUUAAGGUAAAACUGAAGCUUUGGUGCAUUUUAUACGGUGAUAUGUCGUUUGUUGACUCAUACAUCAUGAUCAAUUUAGCUUCAACUGUCCAGGUUCAUACGACAAAGAUUGUUUAACGUGGUCAUGGGAGUUAAGUCUUGUAUUUAGGGAGCAAUUGUGGUAAAUUAGGAUUUUAAUUAGGGAUUUGAAUAAAGCCUUGUAGGUCAAGAUUUGUCUUUUACAAUU